AUGAAACAGUUUUUCAAAGACUAUUUUGCUGGCCAGAUUCUCCACAGAUUAUCAGGCCGUCGUUGGUUUCUCCACAAUGAUGAACUUCCAGGCUACAUUAUCCCCGAAAAGUAUCUUGAGUUUUCUGAAAAACAAGACAGUGAGGAAAUUGCCGCUGUACCAGCCAUCGAAGAAGAAAAUGCCUCUCCCACCUCACUUGACGCAGUCAAAAAGUCUGAUGACGAAAAAGACAUUGACGAAGAAGAUGAAGAAGACGAAGCUUCAAAGGAAACUAUUGCAAACUCCAAAAACCUGAGCAAAUCGGAAUACAUUAUAGUUACUUGGGAUGGCGAUGACGAUCCUGAAAACCCCUAUAAUUGGCCACUAUACCUCAAGUGUAUUAUGGCAUUCCAAAUUGCUUUUCUCACAGUCUCAGUCUAUAUGGGCUCUGCAAUAUAUACACCUGGUAUAGAAGAUAUCAUGCAGAAAUUCAACAUCAAUCUGACAUUGGCAACUUUACCAUUAACAAUGUUUGUUAUUGGUUACGGUAUUGGACCCAUCGUGUUUAGUCCACUUUCAGAACACACAAAGAUUGGCAGAACACCAAUCUAUGUCAUUACCUUGUUCAUAUUUUGCAUGAUGCAGAUUCCAACUGCAUUAUCAACUGGGAUUGCAGGAAUGUCGGUAUUGCGUCUUAUUGCUGGGUUUUUCGCAAGUCCUGCAUUAUCUACUGGUGGUGCUUCUUAUGGAGAUUUCAUUUCCUUGCCUUAUUUUGUAUGUGGAUUAGCCGCAUGGUCUUUGGGUGCCGUGUGUGGACCAGCAAUUGGACCAUUGAUUGGAUCUGUCUUGGUUGUGCGUGGUGGCCAUAAUGGAUAUGAGAGCUGGAGAUGGACUUUCUGGUUUAUGGCAUUAAUCUCAUCGUGCUUUUUAUUCUUUAUAUUCACAUUACCCGAAACUUAUACGCCAUACUUGCUAAGAAGAAAAGCCCAGAGAUUGAGAAGAUUGACGGGAAACAAUAGAAUUAGGUCUGAAGCUGAAAUUGGAGCUGGUGAGUUUUCUUCGCUUAGUGCUGUUGUCAAGAAAUUGUUGUGGAGACCGAUUGAAAUCACAUUGAAGGAACCUGUGGUUUUGUUGAUUGAUAUUUACAUUGCUUUGGUGUACAGUAUUAUCUACUUGUUCUUUGAAAGUAUCCCUAUUGUUUACCAAGAAACAAAACACUUUCCUUUGAUCUUGAUGGGUGUCACAUAUACCUCCAUUGUCAUUGGUAUAAUCUUGGCUGGUGCAGUUUACAUCCCGUACGUGUACCAAAUCUUUACAAAGAAACUUAUCCUGGGCACUAUGGUAUCUCCCGAAGUAUUCUUACCUGCAGCCAUUGUUGGUGCAGCACUUAUGCCUACUAGGUUAUUCAUCUUUGGAUGGACGGCAUCGCCUGAUAUCCACUGGUUCCCACCAUUGAUUGGUAUCGCCCUUUUUGCAGCAGGUGCUUUUAUAAUUUUCCAAACCUUGUUUAAUUAUAUGGCAUCGAGUUUCAAAGUGGAGUACUUGGCAUCGGUGUUUUCAUCUAAUGCGUUUUUCAGAAGUGUGAGCGCAGGAUGCUUUCCACUUUUUGGAAGAGCAUUGUUUCAUAAUCUUGGCUCUAGGAAGUUCCCUGUCGGAUGGGGUUCGAGUUUAUUGGCAUUCUUGAGUCUUGGAAUGCUUCUUAUUCCAGUAUUUUUCUAUUUGAAUGGUCCCAAGUUGAGAGCUAGAUCUGCAUAUGCUUAUUAG